UCGAUCAGACCGGUUCGUCGCCUAUCUGCCUGUUUUCGGUCGUUUAAGUCUCUCUUCAGGAAAGAAAAAAACAAUCACGCGCAUCUUGGCCUGCGCUUGAGGGGGUGCUUCCAGUUGAUCGUGGGUGUAACAACAGGGUGGCUCAAAGUUUCUUAAUGUGAAGGAAAGAGAGAAAAAGAGGAACCUCUCUCGGUUUAUCAACAAAGUGCAAAGUGAAUCAAAGUGUGUGCGAGGGAUUGGAGUUAGUGAGGCCGCCGAGCCAAAUUUCCAAUCUACGACCGACUAACGACGACGACCAUUUGGUUCCGGUCCUUGGGGGGAAAAUUUGAAAAUUAUAUCCAUGAAUUGGUCUGGCUACUGGAGCUGCUGCUAGGUGACCGUCUUGUGGUUUCCGAGAAGAGCAGGAAGCAGGAAGAAGCAGGAAAGGGGAUUUGGCACUGGAAGACGACGACGAUAUCUGCAGGCAGCUGCUGUCCCGGUUUAGUUUACGGUGCCCCGGGGCCAAUCCGGCCUGUACGAUCGCACGGUGUCAUUUCGGUGUCAUCCCUGGUGCUACUAGAAAGAAUGAAAAUUAGGUGCGACUUCUCAUCAUCGUCGGUGGCAAACGGAAGCAGCAGAAGCAGAAGCAGACGGCAGCAACAGCCCAGCAGCAACAGAAAAUCCGGCAGUUCAUCAUCAGGGCAGCGCAAAACGCGAGAAGAUGCUCGCAUGGCAUUUGGUGGCGUGCAUGAUCGGAAUUCUGCUCUGCCAUGGCUGGUUCCUAACAAUGGCUAGCGCAAAUGUCAUUCACAACAUGUUGGGGCUGCCGGCGAGCUGCAUUCAUCAAAACGUGGUCCGCCAGUGUCGGUUGUCAUUUUCCUGCUGGCUCGAGGGAGGACGUCAUGUGGCCGGCUGUGGCGAUAAUCGAUGGUUGUUCUCCUGCUGCGUUAAGGAUACGGAUCUGCAGGUUUCGCCGGCUAAGUUCACGUCCAAACUGGCCUAUGCGGCACCAAUGCAUCCGGCUGCAGUUGCUCCGAUGUCGGUCGUUUUGCCAGUUGGACCUAAAACCUAUCCCUAUGGAACGACGUCGUCACUCAAGAAAAAUUCCUUCUUCCGACGCCGAUCGGAUCAGAUGACUGGAUUCAACGACUGUGGCAUUGCACGAACGCCCCACAACACCCUCCAGAAGCGCAUCAUCGGCGGAAGGACGGCCAAUUUUGCCGAAUACCCCUGGCAGGCUCACAUCCGGAUAGCCGAAUAUCAAUGUGGUGGAGUGCUGGUGUCUCGCAUGUACGUUGCCACUGCGGCCCAUUGCAUUCAGCAAGCCCGGCUCAAGGAUAUCGUCAUCUAUCUGGGCGAGUUGGACACCCAAAACUCAGGCAAAAUUGCCGAGCCACUUCCGGCCGAGAAGCAUCGAGCUGAGCAGAAAAUUGUGCAUCCCAAAUUUUUGUUCCGAAUGACACAACCGGAUCGGUUCGAUUUGGCUUUGUUGAAAUUGACGCGACCAGCCGGGUACAAAACGCAUAUAGCGCCCAUUUGCUUGCCAAUGAGGCCAAUCGAACUGAUCGGCCGGAAGGGAAUCAUUGCUGGGUGGGGCAAAACGGAUGCCACCAUGGGACAAACGGGGACCAACAUCCUGAGGACUGCGGCGGUUCCGAUUAUUAGUACAAAAGAGUGUCUCCGGUGGCACAAAAGUAAACACAUCAAUGUUGAGCUGUACAACGAGAUGUUCUGUGCAGGACAUUCUGAUGGACAUCAAGAUGCAUGUUUGGGCGAUUCCGGCGGUCCGCUCAUAAUCAACGAACGCGGUCGCUUCACGCUGAUUGGAAUCACCAGUGCCGGAUUCGGAUGCGGGGUGGACCAUCAACCGGGAAUCUAUCACAACAUCCAGAAAACGGUGAAAUGGAUCCAAACAGUUGUUCUGUCAACGGGCGGAUAGGCUUGGAAAGAAUAAGAAAUGAAACUGGUGCGCAAUGUUGGUGCAAACAUGUAGGAAAUGAUCAGUAUUUUUUGCCUAAACAAAUUAUACUCUAAUUUGAAUUGAGCUAGAGGAUAAGUGAACGGUACUGUUUGAGGGAAGAUAACCCCUCGAAAGCACAUACUUCAGUUAGGGUCUUCUGGAUCUAUAAUACUCUAUCAAAACGUGACAAGCUAUAUGUGAUUUUUUUAAACUCCAAUCGUUUUAAAUAGCUGGAAAUAGUUGCAAUUUUAUUUGGCUGCUUCUUCAACCGAACGGGUGAUACUAAACGGUACUCUUUUACAACAAUCUAUUAUUCGUAGGUUUUCUACUUCACAAAUAAACAUUGAAUCAUAAGGCAUAGAUAUGACGGUCAAGCCGUCGUCAUUCUUUAAAAUGUUAUUUUUUAGCAUCUCGAUGAGUUUAUUGUAUUCAAAUAUAGAAUGAGCUUCCAGAAAAGCUGAAGUUUAGUUAUUACUCUUAGAGAUACAGUAGGCAUCUUAAGAAAAUCUUUGUUGAAAAGAUAUUCUUUAAAUGGACAAAGCAGACCAAGUGUAAAUUAUUUAUUCCAAUAGUCUGUAAUAAAAUUUUAAA